UGGGUGUUGAAGAGGAGAGGCGUGUGUCUAGACUGGACUGUGAUGGCAAGUCUCCGGCAUCCAGACUGAAUGAACUCCGUGGAGCUGCCCGCUUUAUGUGGAUUAAAUAGAUAUUGCACAGAGUUCCACUCCUCCUCCCUCUCCUCCUCCUCUUUCCUCCCUCCUCCUCCUCCUCCUCCUCCUCGUCCCCUCCUCACCUCCCCUUCCCUCUCCUCUCUCCCCUCCCUCCCCUGCCUGCUAAUUUUUUAUGCAUUUUUCUAACUGUCAUGGCGAUUUGUGUCCUUGGAAAUAAAAAGCGCCAGUGUUUUUCGGGCUAACCGGGGGGAUGUCUCGUCGGUGAGAGCGUGUGUCCGGUGUCCGGAGCAGGGGGAGCUGUCAGGGAGCCCACCUGUUGUUUUGGAAACACAAGAGCAAAGAUGAUACAGCUGCAGCAUCAGUUUUCUACAUGAAGUGGUUUUUGCACUUCCACAUCUUCUGCACAGAUCUCUACAUCUAAACUAAAGAUGCAGUGAAGGUAUAGAAGAUGAAAAUACACAAGAAGGACAAGCAGCAGAUGUUCACUGGUCUCCUGAAGCACACACCACCUUCGGCCCCUGCUGCAACAGCCUCCUCCUCUGCCUUGGACCAAAACAGCAACUCACAAACCACAGUUCCCACAAUCCCACGGGGACACCUGGUUGUGGGCCCCAAGGACCAGCUCCGCCUCCUCACCCCUGUGGGCAGUACGGCGAUGUCCAAUCACUGCACAGCGGCGGCGGUGAAGCACUCUGGAGGAGUGCCACGGCCUCCCUCAUCCCUAAGUGAAGAAGAUGAUGGGGGUGGAGGAGGAGGAGGAGGCGGCGGCGGCGGCAGCAAGGUGAAGAAGAAACGAAAGAAAAAGGACAAGAGGGAGCGGGAGAGAGGGGGAGGGGAGGGGGAGGAAAGGGAAAGCGGCAAACCAAAGAAAAGGAAAGAGGACAAGGAGGCAGUGAUUGCUCCGAGGAAGAGCAAGGAACCGAAGGAUGGAAAAGACAGAAAGGAACGGAAGGAGCGCCAGCCCAAGCCCAAGGAGGGCAGGAAGGAAAGUGCGUCUCAGCUGAAAAAUGUGACAGGAGGCGGGAGAAUACCAGGUAGCGCUGUGGCCCUGGGGCCCACUGAGGCUCCUGUCAAGGUGCCCGGGAAAAGAGGACGAAAACCCAAGGUCAAGGUUCUGCCCCCUGUACCUCCAUAUAAAGCACCUCCUUCUGCCCAGGGAGUCCCUACCAAGGGCCAGGGGCAGAUCCAUGCUGCCCACAGCAGGAGCCACAGCCCAGCCAACAGCAAGACUCUGGUCUCUUCAGCACCAAAGCAACGGGGCCGCAAACCCAGAGAUCCUGGCUCAGCGCCGGUGGAGAAGAAGAAGAAAGGGAAGAGGAGAAACCAGGAGCUGGCUGUCCAGGAGGGGGCAGAGAGUGACGACACUACCUCAAUGUCCGCCCACAACAUGGGAGGAGAGGACAGCCAAGACCCUCUGGACAGCACUAAGCGGCGUUCGGGACGUCAGGUUAAAAGGAGGAAGUACAAUGAAGAUUUAGACUUCAAAGUGGUGGAUGACGAUGGAGAAACUAUUGCAGUUCUUGGGACUGGACGCAUCUCAGCACUCAACGCCACAGCUCUGGCCUGGCAGGCUGAGGAACCACCUGAGGACGAGGCCAACAUCAUUGAGAAAAUUCUGUCUGUCAGAAUAGUGAAGAAAGAGACUUCUUCACCAGAGGACCAAGCGGAGGAGACAGAGGAGUUUUAUGUCAAAUACAGAAAUUUUUCCUACCUACACUGCAAAUGGGCCACUCUGGAAGAACUAGAGAAAGAUCCCAGAAUCCACCAGAAGAUUAAACGCUUCAGGACCAAACAGGCGCAGAUGAAACACCUGUUCACUGAGCCUGAUGAGGAUUUAUUUAAUCCAGACUACGUGGAAGUGGACAGAGUGCUGGAGGUGGCUGUUACCACAGAUACUGAGACCGGAGAGGAAGUGACUCAUUACCUAGUUAAGUGGUGCAGUCUCUCGUAUGAGGAGGCGACAUGGGAGCUGCAAGAGGACCUGGACGCAGAGAAGAUUAAAGAGUUUGAGGAGAUCCAGAAGCUGCCAGCAGACCUCAGACAUAUGGAACGUCCUCUUCCUGAAAAAUGGCAGAAGUUGGAGAGCUCCAGAGAUUAUCGGAAUGGAAACCAGCUCAGAGAAUAUCAACUGGAAGGAAUGAACUGGUUACUGUUCAACUGGUACAACAGAAAAAACUGCAUCCUGGCUGAUGAAAUGGGUUUGGGAAAGACCAUCCAGUCUAUCACCUUUCUGUAUGAGAUCUUCACUAUGGGGAUCCGCGGGCCAUUCCUCAUCAUCGCCCCCCUGUCCACCAUCACCAACUGGGAGAGGGAGUUCCGGACAUGGACGCACAUGAAUGUCAUUGUGUAUCAUGGCUCACAGAUCAGUCGGCAGAUGAUCCUGCAGUAUGAGAUGUUUUACAGAGACAGACAGGGUAACACCAUUCCAGGGAUACUGAAGUUUCACGGUGUCAUCACUACAUUUGAAAUGAUCAUGGCUGACUGUCCGGAGCUGAAGAAACUACACUGGCGCUGUGUGGUGAUUGAUGAAGCCCAUCGACUGAAAAACAGGAACUGCAAACUUUUAGAGGGACUCAAACUCAUGAACCUGGAGCACAAGGUCCUACUGACAGGAACCCCUCUGCAGAACUCAGUGGAGGAGUUGUUCAGUCUCCUAAACUUUCUGGAGCCACUGCAGUUCCCUUCAGAAAGCUCCUUCCUGGAGGAGUUUGGAGACCUCAAGACUGAUGAACAGGUGAAAAAGCUUCAGGCUAUUUUAAAGCCGAUGAUGUUGAGAAGACUGAAGGAUGAUGUGGAAAAAAACCUUGCUCCUAAAGAAGAGACCAUUAUUGAGGUGGAGCUGACCAACAUUCAGAAGAAAUACUACCGAGCCAUCUUAGAGAAGAACUUCUCCUUCUUGUCUAAAGGAGCAAAUCAGCACAACAUGCCCAACCUCAUUAACACCAUGAUGGAGCUCCGCAAGUGUUGCAACCACCCCUACCUUAUCACAGGAGCUGAAGAGAAGAUUCUGGAGAGCUUCAAAAAGUGCCACAGUCCAGACGCACCAGAUUUCCAGCUGCAGGCCAUGAUCCAGGCAGCCGGCAAACUGGUGCUGAUCGAUAAGCUGCUGCCUAAACUGCUGGCAGGGGGACACAAAGUCCUGGUGUUUUCCCAGAUGGUGCGCUGUCUGGACAUCCUGGAGGACUACCUCAUCCAGAGACGCUACACAUAUGAGCGCAUCGAUGGCCGUGUGCGUGGAAACCUGAGACAGGCGGCCAUUGACCGCUUUUGUAAGCCCGACUCGGACCGCUUUGUGUUCCUGCUGUGCACUCGAGCCGGAGGCCUGGGAAUCAACCUGACGGCUGCAGAUACCUGCAUCAUCUUUGACUCAGACUGGAACCCCCAAAACGACCUGCAGGCUCAGGCUCGCUGCCACCGGAUUGGCCAGAGCAAAGCGGUAAAAGUUUAUAGACUCAUCACCAGGAACUCAUAUGAGAGGGAGAUGUUUGACAAGGCAAGUCUGAAGCUGGGCUUGGAUAAAGCCGUUCUGCAAGACAUCAACCGCAAAGGAAGCCUGAACGGGGUCCAGCAGCUUUCCAAAUUAGAGGUGGAGGACUUAUUGAAAAAGGGAGCAUAUGGAGCGCUGAUGGAUGAAGAAGAUGAGGGCUCUAAGUUCUGUGAGGAAGACAUCGAUCAGAUUCUCCAGAGGAGAACGCAGACCAUCACCAUUCAGUCUGAGGGCAAAGGGUCCACAUUUGCUAAGGCCAGUUUUGUCUCAUCUGGUAACAGGACGGAUAUUUCCCUGGAUGACCCCAACUUCUGGCAAAAAUGGGCCAAGAUUGCAGAGGUGGAGAUUGACUCCAAGUCAGAGAAGGAGUCGUUGGUGAUUGAUACUCCGCGGGUGAGGAAACAGACCCGUCACUACAACUCAUUCGAGGAUGAUGAGCUGAUGGAAUUCUCAGAGCUGGACAGCGACUCUGAAGAGAGGCCGUGUCGGACGCGUCGCCUUGGUGACCGCAGCCGGCGCUACCUAAGGGCAGAGUGUUUCCGGGUAGAAAAGAACCUGCUCAUCUUCGGUUGGGGUCGGUGGAAGGAUAUCUUAAACCAUGGUCGGUUUAAAUGGCACUUGGCAGAGAGAGAUAUGGAGGUGAUCUGUAGGGCUCUGCUGGUUUACUGCCUCAGACACUACAAAGGUGACGACAAGAUUAAAAGCUUCAUUUGGGACCUGAUCUCACCCAGCAAGGAAGGCCAGGACCAGGCUCUGCUCAACCACUCCGGUUUAUCAGCUCCAGUUCCCCGAGGCAGAAAGGGGAAGAAACUGAAGAAUCAGCUCAAUGUACCUGAGGUUAAAAACGCAGACUGGCUGGUCCACUGUAACCCCGAAGUAGUCCUGCAGGAUGAGAGCUACAAGAAACACCUCAAACAACACUGCAAUAAGGUGCUACUGAGGGUGCGGAUGUUGUACUACCUGAAGGUGGAGGUCCUGGGUGAGGCUGCCAAUCAGGCUCUAGAGGGGAUACCUGCCAGUAAACUGGAGGUGCAGCUGCCAGACAUCGACUACAUCGAGAUCCCAGCAUCAUGGUGGGACGCAGACGCCGACAAGUCUCUGCUCAUAGGAGUUCACAAACACGGUUAUGAGCGCUACAAUGCCAUGCGGGCCGAUCCAGACCUGUGUUUCCUGGAGAGAGUGGGGAUGCCUGAUGUCACUGCACUGACCGCUGAACAAGGAGGAGGGGAGGGGGCUUCGGACGUCACAGAUAGUGUGUGCAAAAAUGAAGAGGCAAAGGAUGACACAGAAAGCAAAGCUGAUGGAGGGGAGGAUAGAGAUGAGAACAGCAAGGGAGAGGAAACCUGUUCCAGCACUGACACCUCAGACAAGCCUGACAGUACAGGACCAGACUUGCAAGUGUCUGGUGAUCUGAGUGCUCAGGACAGUACUCUGGUCACCACAACAACCACGGGGACCUUUUCCGGUGUGGCAGCUCUUCAUGUGGUCCAGGCUCGGCCCUUGUGGCCCACUGGUCCCGCGUUGACAGCCCGUUUACGGCGCCUCAUCACUGCAUACCAGCGCUUCACAUUGCGUCGAGAACCCCUCCUUCGGCACGAGUUCCUCCUUCAUGAUGGCCUUGUCGGCAUGGGAAUUGGUGGGGCCGGAGCCACUCACAGUCAUCAUGGUGGGGGGCCAUUGGCAUGGCAACUGGGUGAAGAGCUGAGGCGGUGUUCUGUGGUCGCCACAGAUCCAGACCCUCUGUUUUUAGAGUGGCAAAGAAGGUGGACUCGUCGGGAACAGGCAGAUUUUUACAGAACUGUGUCAUCAUUCGGGGUGGUGUACGACCCAGACAGGAAGGCAUUUGACUGGUCCCAGUUCAGGGCGCUGGCUCGUUUGGAGAGGAAGACCGAUGAGAGUUUAGAGAGAUACUUCAACUCUUUUGUCAACAUGUGCAGGACGGCCUGUAAGCUGCCUCAGAGGAAAGAAGAAGGUUUGGUGGAUCCUGCUGUUAUCGUUGAGCCACUGACAGAGGAGAGAGCUGCUCGGACAUUAUACCGCAUCGAGCUCCUCCGCAAGAUCAGAGAGCAGGUUCUUCGUCAUCCAUUACUCUCGGCGCGGCUUCAGCUCUGCCGGCCCUCCCUCUACCUCCCUGUCUGGUGGGAGUCUGGGAAACAUGACCGCGACCUCCUCAUCGGGGCUGCACGCCACGGCUUGAGCCGCACCGACUUCUACAUCCUCAACGACCCCCAGCUGAGCUUCCUGGAGGCUCAUAGGAACUACGUCAGAGGACACCCCGCACACCUUUACCCCCAGACUCACCACCAUCCUCACCACCUUGGUUUGGCCUCUCACAUCUCAUCUUCAUCUUCGUCAUCUCACCAGCAGCUUCCACAUCCUCAUUGCUGUCUGUACGACUCCCCUCAACCCCCUGAGUAUCCCCAUCAGGCCUCUCACCACCAGCAUCACCCAGUGCCUUCAUCUGCUCCAUCUCCCUCCUCCUCAUCAUCCUCAUCGUCACACCCUCACCUCCACCCUCCACCUCUCGAAGCCCAUGACUCCUCCUCAUCGAGCUUGGGAAUUGUACCUGGCUCUCGGGGGGAUUUCCUUGACUGCCCUCCUUUGGACGAAACCCUGGAGUUGGGAUCACUACAACAUGACACUGACACUUUGCAUGGAGGAAAAACGCCCAAAGAUGCACUGAAUGGUUUCCCAUUUAACUCAGCUGCUGGAGGACAGAGCAUGCUGAACUCGUACGGUGUUGGAGGAACAGAUCUGGAUUCAAACCUGAGGAGUGAUGUCCUGGUUGGUGAGCAGGGCUCAUCAGAAGAAACUGGACUCAUGGCCCCAUCAGUGGAGCUAGAUCAGUUACAGGCUCCCUGGGACAGUACGGAAAACUCUAGUCCAGCCCACCACAUGUUCAAUGAGUCCGAUCCAAUCCUAGGUCCAUCCACCCUGGAAACAGGUUUUCUGGAGGAGGAGGACGAAGAGACACAAGGGGGAGACAGAGGAGGGGAGGAGGGUGCAACUCUGGAGGAAUGUUUGGGCCUCCCCCCCUCAUCGUCCCCUUCUCAUCCCUCGGGUGGGGAUUCUGUGGAGCCGCUGUCAUCCAGCUACAUGCUUUUUAAGGACAUUGGUGUUAGCGAGGACCACAGUGCCGACCAGACCGACCUUUCAGCCAGCCCCCCUCCCCCCUACGUACCACCACCUCCUCUGUCUCUGUCAGACAUCACUGCACACGAGCCGCAGGAUAGGCUGAGCCAUUCCGAUGUCACCGAUAGCCUGACCAAUCCUGUGGAGGAUGGGGAGGGCCAGGAAGGAGGCACUGCGUUUGAGUUCGAUGAGAAGGAGGAAGAAGACAUGGACAAUAUGUCGGGAGAGACUCUGGAGCAGAAUAUAGAGGAACAGACUGGUCAAGUCCUUGAAAAUGAGGAGAGCGAAGCACACCAAGGUGGAAUGUUGAAUCCAUCCAUGGAUGUCUCACAGAUGGAUGGUGCAGGGACAGAACCAGGUCUACAUGAGCAGGAUGAAACAAUGGAGAUCUCAGAACAGCUUACUGGAGACCUUCAGGAGAGCUUUGGGCAAAAACAGGGCUUACAGGUGCACCCGUUUCUGGGAAAGCUGGAGGAAGAGAGCAGCCUCACAUGCCCUGAGCCCAUUGAAGAGCCAGGGGAGGAUGUUGACAGAUUGAUUUUGUACCAGACAGUGGAGGGGGAUACUGUGGAGAAUUGUCUUGAUGCUGAUACCUUAAUGGGACACACAACGGGGGACUUUCUAGAAGCAGAAAACUCUAGAGAAGACAGUCCAGUGCAGCACACAGAUCUUGCAGAUCAAGUGGAUGAAAAUUCAGAAGUCCAGGUGGAUCACGUAUCUCUGAUGGAUGUUCCAGUUGUGCAGCCAAGUGAUGAAAAAGGACAAAAGCUCUUGAAGCAACAAGAACCCAAUGAAAUGGGCCUGGAGGGUAUUUACUCUGAAUAUGCACAUGCCUCUUGCCAUUCUACCUCUGUUUCCUCCUCUAUAGUAGCAUCAAAGUCUGAUGAAAUGACCAGAGGUAAAGCUAGAAUGAAGACUGAAGUCUCCAUGGAUGAAGGUACAGCUGAAGACCUUGAUUUACCAAAUGGCAGAAACACAGCCCUGACUUUAUCCCUUGAUCAAGACAACAAAGAUACUAUGCUGGAUCAAAAUGAAAUGAAUAUUUCUGCAACUCUUCCUGCAAACAGCAUCAACGCAGAUGCUUCAGAUCUCAGAUGUUCUCUGUUAGUGGAUGAUGAAAGUGAGAGGAAACCGGAGCAGCUACCAAUAAAAGUUGAGGAGACAAAGAUGGAGGCUGUCGAAGAAGCGGGCUACCCUGAUAGUUCUGAAAUCAAACCCGCUAAAUUUCUUGCCUACACAGUUAAAUCAGAGGACUUGGUGACCAAAGCGGAGCAGUUUGACUACUCCAUCAAAGCAGAAACAUUAGAGACCAAACCAGAAGAUCUGAGCCUUCCUGUGAAGCAUGAGAACUUAGACAGCAAAUCUCAUGUUCUUCAAUUUGAAUCCUACUCCAACAUCAAAACCGAGGCCAAACCACUAGCUCUGGGUCUUCCUUCUUACCGAGAUGGACCCCAGCUUAAGACUGAGAUGAAACCUGAAGGCUUAAAGCUGGCAGCUUUCCCUGAUACCUCCGCAGUUAAACCUGAGGCCAAAUCAGAAGGUCUGGACUUCACCACCUACCCUGACAGCUCAGAGGUCAAACCAGAGGCCAAGCCAGAGGGACUGGAGUUUAGAGGGUUACCUGAGGUCAAAGCUGAGACCAAGCAGGAGCCCCUGGAGGCAGACAGCACUGUGUUGACCCCAAGGCUGGAGCAGACAGAUGAGCUGGUAGACACCUCCGACACCCUGGUAAAGAGUCAGGUUAAGGAGGAGAGACCCAAUACACCAGGAAGCCCACGGUUUGCAACUCCUAUCUCCAUAUGUGAGAUUCCUGACAGCCUGCAUGACGCCAGAGAGCCCACCAUCGCUCAGCUGCUGCAGGAGAAGGCACUCUACUCAUUUUCUGAGUGGCCCAAGGACCGGGUUAUCAUAAACCGACUGGACAGCAUCUGCCAGGCCAUCCUAAAAGGGAAGUGGCCUUCAUCUGUUGAGCAGUGCGAGUCGCCCGCCUCGCUGGCUGCCAACUCAUGCUUAGCCAACAGCUUAGCUCAGCACCAUCAGCAGCGAGCAGGUUUCCUGUCCACCACGGCGCCAGUCUCCGUCUCCAGCCAGGCUCGAGUGCAGCAGGCCACCCCUGGACUGGGCUUCUCCAUCCCCCCACCUCUCACCAGAAUACCUAAGUACAUGCCGCGGGGCGGCGCAUGUGGGCGCGGAGCUUGGCGCCUCACCUCCUUGCCUCUCUUACAGGAGAGGCUGGUGGCUCCUCCCUUCCUCCCUGAGCUCAAACGAGCGGGAGGUCGCAGAUCUUUUGACUACGAAGCCGCUGCUGCUGCUGCAGCCGCUGCCAAGGCUUUAGCUGGCAAAACUGCAUCAUCAUGCCACACCUCCGCCACCGCCAGCUCGAGCGCUGAGAAGGUGCCGGUGGUGGCCCCGCCUUCUCACCGUACAGGAGCCAUGUUGAUUAAUGGGUGGCAGGAAGCAGCCAUCGAUCUGACCAAGUCGUCAGGAGAAAUAAGUACCAGCAGUGGCGUUGGGAGUGGUGAAGCUGUGGGCGCACCGGGAAUUAGCCACCACGCUGCUGGUGCCGGCAGCAGCCAUAAGCUGCCUCCGCCCCCCAUCACAGCCCCGUUACCCGGCUCUGUGGGGAUCGACAUGGCCGGUAUACUACAGGCUGGGCUCAUCCAUCCUGUAACAGGGCAGAUAGUUAAUGGGAGCCUACGGGGAGAUGAUUCACUUAGGAGGAGGAGAGGCAGGAGGAGAAACGUGGAAGCUCUGUAUACUGAGUUCACCAAGAACCGAGGACUGCACCUCCCCGAGACACAGGGUCGGGUGGAGGUCAUCAGCCACUCCUCCGUCUCGUCCUCCACCUCCUCUCCGUCUCCUUCUCCCUCUGACCGACCCGCUGGUCCUCCCACCCCGUCCUCCUCGUCCACGCCCACUCCCACCCAGACGCCACCUCAGCCGGAGAUUGUGGCCAUUGACAGAGAGGCAGCGAGCAAAGGCCUGAUUGAGUGGCUCAGACAGAAUCCGGGCUACAGCAUGGACCUGCCUGCAUUCACUCACUCUGGAACAGGUCUGCUGCAUGGUUUUGUGGAUCGUCCCAAACAGAGGAGGCAUCGCUGUAAAGACCCCACCAAGCUGGAUGUCAACGCUUUGACAGGGGAGGAGAGGGUUCCUGUUGUGCACCGGGGCACAGGACGCAGGCUUGGUGGUGCUAUGGCUCCAGCUAUAAAGGAGCUGUCCAGGUGGCUGGAUGCCAACUCAGAGUAUUUUGUAGCUCCAGACUGGGCUGAUGUUGUAAAACAUUCUGGUUAUCUUCCUGAGGGAAAGUUCACUCGAAUUCUAACUGAGCCGGUCAACAAGGAUCCGGGCUCCAGGCGUCGUGGGCGUCGCCCACGCAGUGAGAUGCCUAAGCCCCUCCUCUCUGUGUCGGAUUCCUCUCCGUCAGCCCUUGGACCUCCUCUCUUCAUGAACGGCGGUUUAAUCGGCAGCAUGGACACCAUGGUGGCCAUGCAGAACCUGCGUGGUGCCAUUCCUGGCCUUCCCAUCUCUGGGAUCAUGGCGGCCGGGUUUCCUCAUGGAUUUCCUGCUGCUGUGACCACCACGGGUGCAGCAGCAACGGCUGAAGAUGCAAAGAAUGGCCUGAGUAUGUUACCCAUGAUGCUGCACGGCAUCCCACACCCCCAUGGUGCUGCGAUCUCGCAGCACGCCAUGUUCAGUGUAGGGGCAAUGAUGACGCACACACCGCCACCUCCUCCUCACCCCAGCUCGUCCUCAUCCUCCUCUUCUGCAGCAAAGGUCACUACUACAACAGCGCCGUGUGAGGCGGGCAGCCCCUCAUCAACAACACCUGCUGAGAGAGAGAAUGCGACUGCUUCACCGUCAGGUGGUGAGAAAGAGAAGAAGGAUGAGAAGGGAGGUGAGGGAAACAAACGAGCUGUAGUGGCGGAGUCAGCGGCCAUCAUCACCUCCACCAGCAGAGCUCACCUGGGCGCUGCUCACCUGGGGGCCGGCACCGGCAGCCACCUCACCUUCAACCCCUUCCUGAUCCCAGGCAUGUCCCACGGCCUGCUGUACCCGCACAUGUUCCUACCGCACGGGGGUAUCAUGGCACUGCCUGCCAUGCCGUCGGGGGCUACCGACAGCUCACCAGGAAGCCCGAAGAGGAGGAGGAAGAAAGGGGAGAAAGAGGAGGAGAAAGAGAGAGAGGAAGAGGAGAAAGAAAGUACAGUUAAGGUGGGCGUGGCCUCCUCCUCGUCUCCCUCCGUCCCCUCUACCUCAGUUCCGGAUCCAGCUGAGGAGCCCCAGACUGCAGUGGGAGAGAACGGGCCCUCAGAGUCUCAGGAACCGGACUCCCAUAACCAACCUGAGGGAGCAGCAACGGAGGAAGGAGGAGGAGAGGCGAUGGAGGAGGACGAGGAGGAGCAGAGACAGGCAGAGGGGGAGGAAGGCUAAGAGCAGUCAGAGCACCUCCUCCUGUCUCCCUUCUCAACUGAGCAACAGUGUAAAAUUUGUGCCGUGUCUGUCAGUCAAUGUUCAUGUAAAGACUUUUAUUAUGACACUGACUAAUAAUUAUACCCAACUUGGUCAUGUUUAUAUACCAAGACCCCGGCCACCCUCUCCACUCCCUCCUUGUAUACAAAAACUAGUGUAAGAAAAGAUCUUCAGUGUAUUCUUCCCUUUCAUUCUGCUUCGAGGCUGAUCAGGAAGGAUGACGGACCAGAGCAGGAACACCAUGCUGUUUGUUAUCAAAGUGACCCGGUGUCUAGUUUGGUUUUUCUUUUCUUUUUUUUUCUUUUUGGUGUGUUUCCAUGGACAUCAUGGUGACUGAGGAGUUGUUGUGGCGCAGCUGUUAGGUUUUCAGCAUUUCUUGACACAUUUUGGGAAUUUUGAGAAGCUCAAACAGAAGAACACUUAUGUAUCUUUGGUUCCAAAACAAGGCUGCAUCUGUAUUUUUAUUUCUUUGUUUAAUUUUGUUGUGGGGUUUUUUUUUUUUGCGCACACUCCAUUAAAUUAUGGGAGUUUUUGGGUUUACCUACGUGCAAUGCAAGAAAAACAACCUCCAGACUAGAUUAACAUGAGUCUGAACCAGCAUUCCCACAUACGUAUGACACUAAAAUACUGUUUACUAGCUGAUGCACCUGCAAAUUCAACUAAUAUGCAAGCGCCAGACUUAAACCCAAACACGUUUCAAAGACUGUAACCUCUUUAAAAAUCUCCUCCUGAUUUAACAUGGCAUUUGUGCAUUCAAAGGGUUAGUUUGGAUAUUAUUGAUAUAUCUGUGAUUGUAUGAUGUACUUAUCAGUAGUUUGGAGAAGCAGACUGGACUGUCUCAGAGGCAGCAGCAAAACUAUUUUGGCACAAAAAUAAAUAUCACUUUAAGUUUAUGCAGUAUUUAGAAUAUUUUCACAGCUUUACUGAGCAACAACACAGUGGUUCUUAAUGGGAAACUAAAGCUUUUAUGUGACGCAUUGACAAACACUGGCUGGCACUUUAACGCUGUUUCAGUCUGUUACUUCACCCAUUCAUUUAAAGUUAUCUCCUAGAACUUAACAUGAGGUGGGUUUAUAACCCAAACAUAUUCAAUUUGGUGUAAAUAAAGAAUUAAAUAUUGAAAUUUAAGAAGAUUGGAUCAAAUGUUUGAUAACUUUUUAAAGGAUUUAUCAAAAUACUAAAUUAUGUAAUUUAAUAGUGGAUGUCUAAUUGAUGGAAUGUGUUAAAAGUAGUGAUAAAUUAAUUGAAUUAUAAUAAUAAUAAUAAUAAUAAUAAUAAUAAUAAUAAUAGUGCAGGGAAACUUGACAAUUCUGAUGUUUUUGGUUUUUUUUUUUUAAUGAAUGCAGUGCCAGCAUGAUAUGGAAUGUCUAGUGUGGAAUAUUUAGGUUGGUUUUGGAGGAUCUGAUUGUAAAAAUGAAUAUCGUGUAGUUGUCAUUAGUGAAUAAUCAACUGAAAAUAAGUCCAACAUGUGUGGCCAUGUUUUUACAGUAGCCCUCCUGUGUCUAAGCGUAGACCAGAGUUAGACCGGACUAGUCUGAUACUGAGGAAGACAGAGCGGUGCUAUCUACAACCGCACCAAUAAAUGUCCUUAGGUAUUGAAGUAUUGGACACUAAACCUUUAAAUAAAUGAUCAGCAAUUUUUACAGUCCUAUUAUCAUUAAACAGCUGCCUUAUUUACGGCCCUGCUCUGUGAGUACAUGCCAUGAGUCAAAACACAAUUCAACACAGCCAAGGUAACUGAUGGAGCCAACACUAACCCUGUGGUGUUGAUUGUAGAUGGCCAUGGCACAUCAAGGUAAAGCAGUGAAAAUAUUGUAAAUAUAGCACAAAAAAUCCAAGUUCACUCUUUUAAGAAUGCUGCCAAAUACAAAUAAAACUUAUAUUUCUGUUUUUUUAUGCCAUUUAAGACUGAGAAAACACUGACCGCAAGCUGAAUGUUUAGGUCAAAAAUGUAUCUUAAUUCUAAGAUGAGCAUCAUCUGCCAACCCCUGAUUUUAAGAUGACGCUGGUCAUAUUUUUUUUUUUUUUUUCACUCCAACUUAAUUAUCAAUGCUAUGCCAUUGCUGCUAGAACUUCUGUUUUUUUUCUUUGAAGAAAUGUAAAGAGUUGAAGUGAAAUUGUUCAAGAAGAAUCGAGAAUAAGAAUCCAGUUCAACAUUGAGAACAAACUCCGCCUUUUUCAUGUGCUUUCACUGAUAAAAGCAAAGAACAAUCAUGAGAUUAAUGUGUUUUUUUUAGCAUCAUGUUCAGAUGUUUUUGUCACUUGAAAUCAGUUUGGGAGAUUCCCCUGAGUGUUAGGUUCUAAUUUCAAAAAUGGAAAUUUACAGAUCUUCAUGCGGCCACCAGGAGGCAGUAGUCUGCAGAAGGUUGUAGUAUCCUGUGUGUUCGACUUUAGGAGGGUUGGACUCUCAGCUGCCUUUUCCACAGGCCUAAGUACAAGAUGUGAAAGUUCAGACGUUCAAGUGCACAGUGGUUGCAAUCAUAACCUGUAGCAAAGCAAAGUCUUUUUUUUUUUCUUUUAACCAUGAUACUGUCCUCUGCAGUUUUCAGUGUAGGUUUCUGUGCUUUGUCUGUGUAGUGAAAGGGAAAGAAGUCUUUUUUUUUUUUUUUUUUUUUUUGAGAACGGAGAAUCGGUGGAAGAGGAAGGGGAGGGAUAGUGUGUGGUCUGAAUCACUUGGACUGAGUGCCUCAUCUUUGUCCCCUUUUUCCUCACAUUAUUAUUAUUCUUUUAAUAUUCUUUAGACUAGCCAGUCAUACUAAAACUUUCUAAAUAUGUAAAUCUGUCGCUGUAUAUUGCUGUUUUUUGCACCAUUUAUUUCUUUGCCUUUUUUCUUCAUCGGGGAAAAAAAAAAUACUUGACAUACAGUAUGUGAGGGGGGUUUGCAGUGUUUCCUGUAUCAGAGUGUACUGUACAUUAAAUGGAUGCAAGUCGCUGGUUUUAUUCAGUCUUUUCAUAACAGGGUCUGUAUUUUGGGGGUAAAUAUACAUACAUACAUACAUACAUACAUGUACAUAUGUAUGUCAAAUAUUUCUGUUGAUAAAGUUCACUUUUUUGUGUUUUCAUACAUGAAAACAUUAUUUUUGCACAAUGUCUUUUUGUGAAUGUUAACCCGUCUUUUUCUUUCCUGUGUGUGUGUGUGUGUGUGCAUGUGUGUGUGUUCGUUCACACACACUUUACUGUGGAGCUGUUUUGACUUCUGUCGUGUCAUACUUCUUGUUAGGGGGGAAAAAAAACAUAAUUGUUGCCUUGUCACAAAUGUGUGGCUCCAUUUAAUUUAUUUUACUUUUCUUUUGCUUUGCCAGACUUUCGCCAAAAAUGACAUUCUUUUUUUCUUUACUUUCAUGAUGUAUUAUUCAAAGUAAAAUGCCUUAUUUACUCUACUCUGUUUUUGUAUAGAUGCUCUGUUACAUCCAUAUAGCUCCAUGUAUUUGUGUUGAGUUGCUCAUGUACUCUGUGAUGACUCUGUACAUUGUCGUCAGAAGCUACACAUUAAUGCGAAGGUACCACGUUCCAAAUCACAGUCAAUCAGUCCUCCCUUAAAGCACAAAUGGAGAGUUAAAGAAAAAAAAAAAAAGGAAAUGACUGUUUUUUUUACCAGUGCCUCUAAACACAUCCGAUUGGAAUCCACGCUCCUGUCUGUUCGGAUCAUUUGGCCAUUGAUGACUCGGGUGAUUUACAAAGGCUCAUGGGAGCUUUUUGUUGGAGUUCACCAUUAGCUGAUACUGUUGUUUAAAGGGAAAGAGUUUUUUCCAUUUUUUUUUCCACAAAGCUUGUGAUCUAAUAUUUUUGUCCAUUAUUUAAUACUGUGAUGAUACCAGUUUUCUUUGACAUCUCUGUUAUGGAGUGUACAAACAUGAAGUCCAGAUUUAAACCAGAGUCCAGUUUCUGGUACACACAGCGUCGUAUGCUUUAAGUCCGUGUAACUGGAACAGAAACAGGGUUUUCUGGGUACUGAAGCACAUUACAUCCAACAAAAAAUAAGUGAGACACGGGAUGCCACAAUGACAAUGAUCCCUUUUACAGAACAGAUUAUAUGCUUCUCUAUUUUAAUUGGAUUUUAGAACCGUGGCUCUACCAUUUGGUCCAAAUAUGGUCACUUGUAGCUCUGAAGAGCCAACACAGCGAAAACAAAAACAGAAUCUCAUGGCUUCAGAAUAAAAUAGCAGUGAAAAACCAAUGGGUGACAUCAUGUAAUAUACGGUCUGUGAAUAAUAUCAAUAUUUAAUGUCAUGUCAUGUGACCAAAUGACUCCAAAUCUACGCCAAGUAGUAGCUCUGCUCUGGGAAACCAUGAUGCACCUCAUUUUAUUGGGUUUUUGGUGUUCCUUCUCUUUUACAUCAAUAUUUUUCUGCAAAAAUGUGGUGAAACUUUAGUUUGAAUAGAUUCCAUGUACACUCCAAUCAGACUGUAACUGACUAUUAGUCUAAAUUUUCUCAUGAGAAAAUGAGACUGUUUCUCCAAAUUGUAACAUCAGGAUCUCCUCAUUUCUGUUCUUAGUAUCCACUUUUUCUCUUUAACGGAAGUAAUGGCUCAUUUAUCAGCUGUCAAAUGAAAAUGUUUGUGCAGUUGUCUGUAAACUACACAGCGGAGCUUAUAACAUUUUUUUUAAAGGUGGAUCUUUUCAUUAUCCAUAACAAAUCUUGUCAUCUCAAGAAAAUGAGUUUUGUCUCAAAAGAAUUCAUAUUGGCCAGUUUGGACAUAAUGGUUACUUCAUGUAUGAUUUUACAGGUGAUUUUAUUUUUCCUUGUAAAAAAAAACAAAAAAAAACAAAAGAAAAACCCACAUUGAGUAAAUCACAGACAUGAAGUUGUGUUGGGUUUAACUGAAAAACUGUGAGAUUUGGACUUUACCUCCUACAGAGCACAGAGAUGGAGAGGAAAAUGUAAUCACAGCUAAAAGUAAUAGUGAACAAAAAUAUUAGGUCAGUAAGUACCAGAAACACGUUUGUACGAGGCCUUCUGUUUGGUAGCCUGCACAUAUCGGAUGAUAACGGACACAAUGUAUGUAUCCAACAAAAGUAUUGGAUUAUUUUGUUUGUUUAAUGAAGAUUUUUUGACAACAACACAAAUUAUCACCACAGCUAAAUGAUCUUCAAAUGUCAGCAUUAAACCCAUGUUUAAUUUCCACAUGCCCAUGUGUGUGUACAAGAUUUUCAGUUACUGGCUGGUUCUUGUGUAAAAACUUGAAACAAACUUGUGGUGCAGUGUGCAA